GGUUUUAUUGAGAAUAGAUUACAAUGUGUUUAGCUGCUGAGAGUAGAAACACAAUGAGUGUGUUAUUUUGCUGAACAUUUUAAAAUUGAUGAUACCGAUCCCUAACACAGGUCCAGAGCCAGUGUCCUUCCAGAGCUCCCUAGAUGCUUCCGGAUUGAGAAGGCUCUGAGCCGUUUCCGCCGCCAUUGCGGAUUUUGGACAGAAGAUCAGCCGUAGCCACUGCUAUCCAUCGAUGCAGUGCAGAAAGCACACACAGAAGGGGGACGUAUUUAACAUUUUAACUGAUACCAGAUUCCGGGAACACGACUAACAACGCCGCAUAUUACCCUUCAUCGUGUGUUUUUUGUUUUCACUGACUGGCUCCGACCUACACGUACAGUGAGGAGGUCGUAGCUAGCGCGGUGCUACUGCCUAGCUAGCUAGCUGUACGGCUAGGAUUUCAGGACUCCGGUGAAGCUCAAGGAAACCACCAUGGCUCAAAUCCUGCCUAUCCGCUUCCAGGAGCACCUGCAGCUCCAGAAUCUGGGAAUCAACCCAGCCAACAUUGGAUUCAGCACUCUAACCAUGGAGUCCGACAAGUUCAUCUGUAUAAGAGAGAAAGUGGGUGAGCAGGCACAGGUCGUCAUCAUCGAUAUGGCUGACCCCAACAAUCCCAUCCGCAGGCCCAUCUCUGCAGACAGCGCCAUCAUGAACCCUGCCAGCAAAGUUAUUGCUCUCAAAGACGCUGCAAAGACCCUGCAGAUCUUCAACAUUGAGAUGAAGAGCAAGAUGAAGGCUCACACAAUGACAGAUGACGUGACCUUCUGGAAAUGGAUCUCCCUCAACACUGUUGCCCUGGUCACAGACAACGCAGUCUACCAUUGGAGCAUGGAGGGAGAUUCUCAGCCAAUCAAAGUUUUUGACCGUCACUCCAGCCUGGCAGGCUGCCAGAUCAUCAACUACCGCACUGACGCCAAACAGAAGUGGUUGCUGCUCAUUGGCAUUUCAGCGCAGCAAAAUCGUGUUGUCGGAGCCAUGCAGCUGUACUCAGUGGACAGAAAGGUGUCUCAGCCCAUCGAGGGGCAUGCCGCAGGCUUUGCACAGUUCAAGAUGGAGGGCAACACUGAGGAGUCAACCCUGUUCUGCUUUGCUGUGCGAGGACAGGCAGGAGGAAAGCUGCAUAUCAUUGAAGUGGGGACUCCGCCGACUGGGAACCAGCCAUUUCCAAAGAAAGCUGUGGAUGUUUUCUUUCCUCCAGAAGCCCAGAAUGACUUCCCAGUUGCCAUGCAGAUCAGUUCCAAGCAAGAUGUAGUUUUUCUCAUUACCAAAUAUGGCUACAUCCACCUGUAUGACCUGGAGACUGGGACUUGUAUCUACAUGAACAGGAUCAGUGGGGAGACUAUUUUUGUGACUGCCCCCCAUGAGCCUACUGCGGGUAUCAUUGGAGUCAACAGGAAAGGACAGGUGUUGUCGGUGUGCGUGGAAGAGGAGAACAUCAUUCCCUACAUCACCAAUGUGCUCCAGAACCCAGACCUGGCUCUCCGCAUGGCUGUCCGCAACAACCUGGCUGGUGCUGAGGAGCUCUUUGCCCGCAAGUUCAACACCCUCUUUGCAGCGGGGAAUUACUCAGAAGCUGCCAAGGUGGCGGCCAACGCACCCAAGGGUAUCCUGCGCACCCCAGACACCAUCCGUCGGUUCCAGAGUGUUCCAGCCCAACCAGGCCAGACGUCUCCUUUGCUCCAAUACUUUGGCAUCUUGCUGGACCAAGGCCAACUGAACAAGUUUGAGUCUUUGGAGCUGUGCAGGCCUGUCCUCCAGCAGGGACGCAAACAGCUGCUCGAGAAAUGGUUAAAAGAGGACAAGCUGGAGUGCUCUGAGGAGCUUGGAGAUUUGGUGAAGUCUGUAGAUCCUACUCUUGCCCUCAGUGUCUACCUCAGAGCCAACGUCCCCAAUAAGGUCAUUCAGUGCUUUGCAGAGACUGGACAGUUCCAGAAGAUUGUCCUCUACGCCAAGAAGGUGGGCUACACUCCAGACUGGAUCUUCCUGCUAAGAAACGUAAUGCGGAUCAGUCCAGAGCAGGGUCUUCAGUUCUCCCAGAUGCUGGUUCAGGAUGAGGAGCCACUUGCUGACAUUACACAGAUUGUUGAUGUGUUCAUGGAGUACAACCUGAUCCAGCAGUGCACAUCCUUCCUACUAGAUGCCCUGAAGAAUAACAGACCCAUGGAGGGUCCACUGCAGACACGCCUGCUGGAAAUGAAUUUGGUGCACGCACCACAGGUUGCAGACGCCAUUCUGGGCAAUCAGAUGUUCACCCAUUAUGAUCGUGCCCAUGUGGCACAGCUGUGUGAGAAGGCCGGUCUCCUGCAGAGGGCACUGGAGCAUUACACCGACCUGUAUGAUAUUAAGCGCGCUGUGGUACACACACACCUUCUCAACCCAGAGUGGUUGGUGAAUUUCUUUGGCUCCUUGUCAGUGGAGGAUUCUCUGGAGUGUCUGAGGGCCAUGCUGUCUGCAAACAUCCGCCAGAAUCUGCAGAUCUGUGUCCAGGUUGCCUCUAAGUACCAUGAGCAGCUCACCACUCAGUCUCUCACUGAACUUUUUGAGUCAUUCAAGAGCUUUGAAGGUUUGUUCUACUUUUUGGGUUCCAUUGUGAACUUCAGCCAGGAUCCAGAGGUCCACUUUAAAUAUAUCCAGGCGGCCUGCAAGACAGGCCAGAUCAAAGAGGUGGAGAGAAUCUGCCGAGAGAGUAACUGCUAUGACCCUGAACGUGUGAAGAACUUCCUCAAGGAAGCCAAGCUGACUGACCAGCUGCCUUUGAUCAUUGUGUGUGACCGCUUUGAUUUUGUCCAUGAUCUGGUCCUGUACCUGUACCGCAACAGCCUGCAGAAAUACAUUGAAAUCUACGUGCAGAAGGUGAACCCAAGCCGUCUGCCAGUAGUCAUUGGAGGGUUACUGGAUGUGGACUGUGCUGAGGAUGUGAUUAAGAACCUGAUUAUGGUGGUUAGAGGGCAGUUCUCUACAGAUGAAUUGGUGGCUGAGGUGGAGAAAAGAAAUCGACUGAAGCUGCUGCUGCCUUGGUUAGAGGCCCGUAUUCAUGAAGGUUGUGAGGAGCCUGCCACCCACAACGCCCUGGCCAAGAUCUACAUCGACAGCAACAACAACCCUGAGCGUUUCCUGAGGGAGAACCCCUACUACGAUAGCCGCGUGGUGGGCAAGUACUGUGAGAAGAGAGACCCACACCUGGCCUGUGUGGCCUAUGAAAGAGGACAGUGUGACCAGGAACUGAUUCAUGUGUGCAAUGAGAACUCCCUGUUCAAGAGUCUGUCCCGCUACCUUGUCCGUCGCAAGAACCCUGAGCUGUGGGCGAGCGUGCUGCUGGAGACCAACAAUUACAGAAGACCACUCAUCGACCAGGUUGUCCAAACAGCCUUGUCUGAGACCCAGGAUCCAGAGGAGGUGUCUGUUACAGUCAAGGCCUUCAUGACCGCCGAUCUUCCCAAUGAGCUCAUCGAGCUUCUGGAGAAGAUUGUCCUGGAUAACUCUGUCUUUAGCGAGCACAGAAACCUCCAGAAUCUGCUAAUCCUGACAGCCAUUAAAGCUGAUCGGACACGUGUUAUGGAGUACAUCAAUCGUCUGGACAACUACGAUGCCCCAGACAUUGCGAACAUCGCCAUCAGCAAUGAGCUGUUUGAGGAGGCCUUUGCUAUUUUUAGGAAAUUUGAUGUGAACACCUCUGCUGUGCAGGUCCUCAUUGAGCACAUUGGUAACCUGGACAGAGCCUAUGAGUUUGCUGAGCGCUGCAAUGAGCCACCAGUGUGGAGUCAGCUGGCAAAGGCCCAGCUUCAGAAGGGCCUGGUCAAAGAAGCCAUUGACUCUUACAUCAAAGCCGAUGACCCCUCUGCUUACAUGGAGGUGGGACAAGCUGCAGCCCAAAGCGGAAACUGGGAGGACCUGGUGAAGUUUCUGCAGAUGGCCCGUAAGAAGGCCCGCGAGUCGUACGUUGAAACAGAGUUGAUCUUUGCUCUGGCUAAGACCAACCGCCUGGCUGAGCUGGAGGAGUUCAUCAACGGACCCAAUAAUGCUCACAUUCAGCAAGUGGGUGACCGUUGCUAUGAUGACAAGAUGUACGAGGCAGCCAAAUUGCUUUACAACAACGUGUCCAACUUUGGCCGUCUGGCCUCCACUCUGGUGCACCUGGGCGAGUACCAGGCAGCUGUGGAUGGAGCUCGCAAGGCCAACAGCACUCGCACCUGGAAGGAGGUGUGUUUUGCGUGUGUAGAUGGGAAAGAGUUCCGUCUUGCCCAGAUGUGUGGCCUGCAUAUUGUCGUCCACGCCGAUGAACUGGAGGAACUCAUCAACUACUACCAGGACCGCGGUUACUUUGAGGAGCUGAUCACCAUGUUGGAGGCCGCCCUGGGUCUGGAGCGUGCUCACAUGGGCAUGUUCACUGAGCUGGCCAUCCUCUACUCCAAAUUCAAACCCCAGAAGAUGAGGGAGCACUUGGAGCUCUUCUGGUCUCGCGUCAACAUUCCAAAGGUUCUCAGGGCAGCCGAGCAGGCCCACCUCUGGGGGGAGCUGGUGUUCCUCUAUGACAAGUACGAAGAGUAUGACAACGCCAUCAUCACCAUGAUGAACCACCCAGCUGAUGCCUGGAAGGAGGGCCAGUUCAAAGACAUUGUCACCAAGGUGGCUAAUGUGGAGUUGUACUACAAGGCCAUCCAGUUUUAUCUGGAGUUCAAACCAUUGUUACUGAACGACCUGCUCAUCGUCCUCUCUCCAAGGCUGGACCACACACGUGCUGUCAACUUCUUCAGCAAGGUGAAGCAGCUGCCUCUGGUUAAACCAUACCUAAGGUCUGUCCAGAAUCACAACAACAAGUCAGUAAAUGAGGCACUCAACAACCUCUUCAUCAUUGAGGAAGACUAUGCGGCACUGCGCACUUCUAUCGAUGCUUAUGACAACUUUGACAACAUCUCGCUGGCCCAGGGCCUGGAGAAGCACGAGUUGAUUGAGUUUAGGAGGAUCGCAGCCUACCUGUUCAAGGGCAACAACCGCUGGAAACAGAGUGUCGAGCUCUGCAAGAAGGACAAGCUCUAUAAGGAUGCCAUGCAGUACGCAUCAGAGUCCAAAGAUAUCGAGCUGGCCGAGGAGCUCCUGGCUUGGUUCCUGAAUGAGGACAAGAAGGAGUGUUUUGCCGCCUGCCUAUUCACCUGCUACGACCUGCUGCGGCCAGAUGUGGUGCUGGAGACCGCCUGGCGACACAACAUCAUGGACUUCUCCAUGCCAUAUUUCAUCCAGGUCAUGAGGGAGUAUCUCUCUAAGGUUGAUGCGAUAAAGGAAAAGGUGGACAAACUCGAAGCCUCUGAGUCACUGAGGAAACAGGAGGAGCAGGCUACCGAGUCUCAACCCAUUGUUUACGGCACACCCCAGCUCAUGCUCACAGCAGGGCCCAACGUGGCCGUGCCUCCCCAGCAGCCCUACGGCUACGGCUACACAGCAGCGCCAGGCUACGGCCAGCCCCCACAGCCCAGCUUCGGUUAUGGCAUGUGAACACCCAACAUCUCCCCCUGCACCACAACUUGACUCAACACCUUCCCUCCAUCUGUCCUUCUCUCUUUGUGUUCCUCACCAGCUUCCCAUGGUCUUCUACUCACAACAGGGGCCACAAGCAAGCAACAGCCCACUCUCAUUUUGAGUACAUUUUUUUUAUUAUGUGAAGAUGUUACAAGAGAAAACAUUUAACUGCAUUGAAGGACUUUUAUUUGUAUUGUUUGAAGAGAAAUUGGACCACAUGUUUGUUUUUUUCACAUUCCAUAUUUAUGACUACUUAUUUAGAGUAUUUUUUUGUCGUUAUGUUAUUGUCAUGUUUUUUUAUUGGUUUAUGGUUUGUGCAGAAGUGGACUUGCUAAAGCUCAGCAGCAAACCUUUGAAGUAGGUGGAGGAGCAUUGGAUUUUGCACUCGUGAAGAAAUUAAUGUAGAGAAGCUCUUACUUUUUGAUGUACUGAACGUGAACAGCUUACAUUGUCUCGUUUGUCUGUAUAAUGCAUUUCAUCAUCAUUGUAUAUUCUGAGGAAAAAAAGGUUACAUAUAAUAUUUGAACAUAUAUUGCCAUUUCAAUGGCUAUAGCUAGCAACACUAAGUAAUGAUAGUAUAUUCUGCACAGGCGUGUAGCUUUAUGGAGUUUUAAUUGCAUACAGACGUAUGUCACUGUGUGGAUGAGGGUUUGUGUGUGUCUGUGUGUGUCUGUGUGUGUGCGCGUGUGUGUGUGCGUGCGAGUGUGUGCGUGCGAGUGUGAUCCGAUGGUCUAAAUAAGAAUUUUAACCCCCUCUCAGCCUGUACUGGGCUAUCCAAUCCACCCUCUUAGGUGUUAGCUCUCCUUCAUCGGCUCCAUGUAUUUAGGUGACCUCUUGUGCCGUGUACAGUGCUUGUGUGAGACUGUAUCUGUGUAUGUGCAAGGACGGGACCACGGCUACCAAACCCCAGGGCCCUUACCCCUCAACCGUACCGUGUGUGUGUAUUUACUCGGAACCCUCCUCGUGCUGAGGUCCGCGUAUGCCAGGUGUUGUAGUGUUUCCCUCGGUCACCAUUACUUUUUUUGCGUGUACAGAUGUGAACAUGAAGAAUUGAAAACUUUUAGAUGGACUCCCCACCCAUCUGUCCUCCACCCACUCUCCUGUCCUGUUUGCUCCUCCGUUAAUGCUUUAGCAGCAAGAACAAACAAGGAGGCAGAAGACGACAGGCAGGUGGAACCUUUGGUGUCCUAAUGACAGCUUGACUAGAUCCAUAAACACUCCUGUAGGCUGUGUGUUUAGAUGGUUAUGAUGAAGAAAAAUAGGUCUCAGUACAUCCAGUUCUUUGUCAAGAAUGGUCUGAAAUAAGAGCCUGUAUUUACCUUGAUGUACUUAACUUCCUUACAUGCUUUAAGCUGUGUGUGUAAAGUGUCAUUCUAACCCUAACAUAAGUUGAAUUCCUUUCUGUUGUCAUGCAUAUUAAUAAUAAAAGGGGAUCUGUCAUUGAUAAAUGGAAGAAUAUGACUCAACUGAAAGGGAAAUACUAGCCUAAAUAAAAACUAAAAAUUGUA